AUGACUAAUGCUUGUUGUUCCAAUGUACAGAAUUCUGAGAAAGCGGCAUCUAGCAGUCCCCAGAAGAUACAGAAAGAAGAUAAGUCACCGAACAGAAAACGGAAACCAUUGGAGCCUAGCCCUGACUCCGUAUAUGAUUCCCUAUCUAGUACUACACGCCCAAAGCGAAAUGCAAGGAAGAGCGUUUUGUUAUCAGGAGGAGAAUUCGAGGUUUUCUAUCCAGGCGUGAGAACUGAUGCCAUGGGGGCAGUAGAGUCAGUUGCGGUUCAGUCGAGCAUGCCGUCUUCUAGUGCUAGUCAGAUCGGAAAAACGAAAAGGGUGAAAAUGGAAUCAGAAAAAUCUGAUUGCGAAGUUGAUGUAGAAGGGGAAUUAGAAGAGCAGGAGUACAAACCUGGACAUGACGCACUUGAUAUGUCUGGGGCAGAGGUUGACGUAGAAGUGGAAGCUAUGUCUAAUAUAGAUGAGAAUAAUGAAGAUAUGAUGAUCACAUUGAAAGAAUCAUACAGUGACGGAGAAUACAACGAAGAUGAUGACAUUCCUCCACGACUAGAAAAAAUUAAAGGCGUUCCGGAAGCUAAACGGAAACGUGGGCGUCCUCGUAAGUAUCCCAUUGGUCAGACACCUUUUAGAAGAACUGCAGCUAUACCUCGACCUCGGCAAUCCAUAGGGAGGCCUCCUGGAUUUCCUAGAAAUAAGUAUACAUACGAUAAACCAAUCACUAAGACAGAAGCUGAGAAAAUUAAUUCUUUUAAUGUCAAACUGUUCGAAGAUGAGAUUGGUGUUACGGAGCACGGAGAUGUGUAUGCGACUGUAAUCCCAGGGUGCUUAUCCUAUCUACUGCGAAAAGAACGAAUUAUCGAUCUACUAACCAACCGAAAUGAAAUUAAUGCGAUAAGACAACAAGGUUGGAUGUCUAGGAAAUCUCCCAGAUUACCUCCUCUGGUGAAUACGAAAGCGUGCUUUGCUUUUUAUGUCGAAGGAGCUGCAGUUACUUCCAUAAGGGACUUGUCAAGCGAUGAUCUCAAACCUUGGACUUCUUCCGUGAGCGAUCCGUGCGAAGGAGAACCUGUAAUAAAGCCUAAUGUACGUAAACAUGCCAUAAUGCGCCAAGGAGCUCGCCUUGUACCUUCCAAAGGUGAUCCUAGAACCGCUGACAUCCAUUUGACAGAAUACAGUGCCUGGUUGCCGCGAUGUCUCCGGUUACGGAAAAAAAUUUUUUAUCUUGCCCGUAAUGGACAUAUCAUUGGAAACGUUUUAAUACUUUAUGAUUUUACGAAUGCUGGCGAUAUCCCUGUACUUCUUAAUAUAGUUCACGGAAACGAAGCUUUCCGGACUCAAACGAACGAUGAGGAGUUUGAGAAAGGGCACUUAUUAUUCGUUGGUGACAACGAAGAUCCGUUUAUGGAAGAGAUUGUUCCCGGUCCUAGAGGUGAACGUUUUCUCCAAGUUAAGCCGGAUAAAUAUGGUUGGACUAAUAAUAAAAAGUUGCUACUAAAAUAUUUAAUAAACGAGCCGUCACUCUUGGAUCAAGCUGGAUUUUUAAACCAACGCAUUCCUUAUCUACCUCCUCUUAUCGAAACCCGUGGAGUUUUUGUAUAUUUCGCACCCUCUUCGAUGGUUGCCGACCAAAUACACUUUACCGGUGACGGAUUGUCGCCGUGGACAUUCCAAGGAGCGUCAGUGAAUCACCGCGUUCGUACAGUCAAGCGUGGGCUCUGUCAGAAUUCCCAAGGAGUUUUCGAAACAACGAAAGAAGAUUGGCAAACGACAGGCCUUGCUCUAGUGGAAACCAUAACAAUUCUUUGUCGUUGUCCAAGAUUACGAAAAAGAAUCCUGUAUGUACAAAGACAGAAUAGUGUUGUUAUUGGUUUUGUAUGCUUCAUUUAUGAAUACAUGAGAGAAGGACCGAUUCCUGAAAUCAUCAAGUCCAAUCAUAAAGCCGGCUCGUUGCUCUCUCCCGAUUCUAUGGGUCCUUUAUUACAUCAUCGGGACUCCAGUUUCACUCGAAUCAAACAGGACACAAGCUCAAAUACAGAUGAAAUGGUCGAUGUAGAAGAACUAGUAGAGGAAGAAGUUGUACAUGAUGACAUGCAUGAGCAAGAUACCACUAUUGACCGCAGAAGCUUAGAUUACUCGCGAAUUGAAGAUUUCAAAUAUGAAGAACUGCCAGAAGACAGCUUAGAUGGAGGAUGGGAUACAGAAUUCGAUGAAGAUCUUCUCACAACUCAGGAAAACCCAAUGCCGUUCUUUGAUGGUAUUAGACAAUUAGAAUCAGGACACACUUAUCUGACUGUGAGGCACAAGAGAAUUGCCAGCAACAUGGAAACUAUCCUAGAAUACAUUGCCAAUUCCAAUUUUGUAGAUGAAAAAGGACUCAUGAAUACCAGCAAGCCAACGCAUCCACCUUUGGUCAGAAAUGCAAGAGCCUAUGUAUUUUUUGUUGCUGCCAAUGCUGUUUUUCCUCAUGAUAUCAAUCGAGAUGAUUUCUCGCCUUGGUCUGCCAAUGCUACUCCUGAGAAUCCCACUUGUUAUCGUUCCAAAGUUAGAAAAGUCGGAGUUCUUUGCGAUCCAAAAUCUGGUCAUUUCACUCUUCAAGAUGGUGAAUAUAAACUAUACCCUUACCACCUUGUAGCGUUAUACAGUAUUCACCCAAAGGAAGCUCGUCUGAGAAAGAGGAUAACAUACCUUAUGGACACCGAAACUAAAAUGAUUGUCAGUCAUGUUAUGAUCAUGUAUGAUUUCAACACUGAAGGCCCCAUCCCCCACAUCAGUGGGCCUUAUGGAAAACGUAGUGUUAGGAGGAGGGGCAUGAGACGUUUGGGACAUGAGGCGCACAUAGAUGAUGUUUUAGAUGAUGUGUCAGACGCUUCUGAAUCAGAGAAAGAAAGCCCUUUUACGGGUGGAAUGCAAGUUACUCCUGAGAGCGCUGUUUAUCUAUCAUUGGCCAAUGUAGAAGAUUUCUGGACUGAUCGUAAUAGGAUCCUCCACUUUUUAGUAAAUAGGCCUCAUCUUCUAGAAUCUAUGGGAUGCUUGAACAAUAGGGUACCAAUGUUCCCACCUCUGAUAACGGGACGAGGAGCGUUUGCGUUUUUCAUGGAUGGUAGUGAAGUUGAUGUAAGGAACCUAACUUGCGAUGGAUUAGGGCCAUGGUCCGAAAAUUUACAUUUGAGUAGCAUAAUGUGUCGUAGGCCAAAAUCUUGUCGGGUGCCUUUGGGUUUGAAUAGAGAAGGACAUUUACGCGUUAUUAAGGGAAAGCGUCCGUCUGAGCUUAGUGAAUUUACCAUGCAUAUAUAUGCUGCAACCCUGCCACGUUUAACAAGAUUAAAGAAGAAAGUGUAUUAUCUCUCCAAAGAUGGCGUUCAAUUUGGCCAUUCUCUUAUUAUUUAUAAUUAUGAUCAAGAAGGUGAUCUUCCUCAAGCUGUUGCCCAUGGCAACUCUGUACAUGCUGAUAACGUAUAUAUUCGCCUACCGCCCUCUUUAAAAGAAGAUGCUCGCAAAAUGUUGCACACAUUAUCUCCUCAAGAAACUGCCAAACAGUUAUCAGAUCGACAUGGAAUCCCUGUGAAUGCAAGAUCUAUCUACAACGUGAAACGAGAAAUGAAUCGGACUGUGAUUCCUAUAAACCAACGUGGUGACAUUAGAUAUGAUGUUAAAUCAGAACAGUCUUAUCAUGAUUUGGAGGACUCAAUGGCUGACUAUGUUCCGGACUGGAUGACCGAUCGGAGGCACGAAGCUGAACCAAUCGUUACCGUGCCUGCUUUGGAAAUUCAGGCUGUUGAUGUUGGUGGUGUCAGAAGGACAACUAGGCAGAUACGAAAGAAUGGUGUCUCCAAUACGGGAACAGCUCCUAGAGCAGAGCAAACCGAAGAGAUCUUCCGAUACGUUAGUAACGUUAUGAGCACAACGAAUGAAAGCGAUACUUUUGAUGCAGUUUGGAGAACUUUAGUUCAGAAAGAUGAGACUAGGAUAUUGAAGAAUAUCAAGAAGGAUUUCGGUGUGGAGAUUGUCGCUGAAAGAAACUCUAGGAAUGGUGACACAAUUGAAGUUCGGGUUGCAAAUGCUGUUAUGGACGAAUCCGUAAUGCAAGAGCAGAUAUUAGAAGGAGAAAUUGUAGAAGAAGAAGUAAUUAAUGAAGAAGAAGUAAUAAAUGAGGAGGACAUCUUAGGAGAAGUUGUGCUGGAUACCACAUUGGAAGAUGUCAAACUCGGUUAA